AUGGAAUCGGCAGCUGCGGACUCGCCCUGCCCGGCGAACGAGGAAGUGUCAAAGCGACAGAUGAAAGGGGCGUGGGGAGAGGGAAGGGGGCCGAAAGGCGUCAGCUGCUUCGUGGCGCGAGGACAAUUCCGGGAAGACAGCCUGGCGUCGCGGUACGGCGUGCGCCGGGAGAUCUUCUUCUUGAACCAGGAAGACGGGUAUUUCGGAUGUCAGGUGAACGAGAGCACGGACGUCCUCCAGCUCUUCCAACUCUCGAAAUUAUGCAACGGCGUCCCGGAUUGCUUCAUGGGCUCGGACGAACUCGCGCAGGAACUCAAAUGCACGAGUAACUGUUUGUACACGACGGGACGUCGGUGCGUGAACGGCGCCUGCCUGGACAGUCAGUGUCACUGCAACGAUGGCUUCGGCGGCAAGGGCUGCGAGAUGCCAGACGAGAACGAGUGCAAGUACCGUCCGUGCGACGUGUUCGCCCGAUGCACAAACACGAUGGGGAGCUUCUAUUGCUCCUGCUACCCGGGCUACGAAGGGGACGGAUUCACCUGUCAAGGACGUCUCCCCCAUCACGCGCCGGAGAAUCGAAUUCCCCUUUCGUCGGAGCGCGAUAUCGCUUGCCUCCCGUAUCAGCCUGUCAUUAACCCCGAACGAGCCUCUCUCGUCCCGGAGGAGUCUCCUCGACCACGAUACGAGGGGCAGAUGGUCGGACCCUGCACGCAAUGUCCAGAGGCGCUCUGUUUUCGACGGAACGAGCCGAACGCGACGGUCUACGGUCGAGAAACCCUGUCGGUUGUUGCCAGUCGGUUGUUGCCAGUCGGUUGUUGCCUGUCAGCCGUCACGGUGGCCGUGCCGAGGUCCCCCCGGGAGGACCCCGGGAGGACCCCGGGAGGUCCCCGGCCCGUCGAGGCGGGGGGUGAAGCCGUAGAAGUCUAUGCGGGUCGGCGCCCAUUCGCACAUUGGGAGCAGAUACAGUUCCAGCUCGUCGCAGCGAUAUCGACGAGUGUGCGAUCCCCGAACUUGCUGCGAAAUGUGUGCCAAACGCCGAAUGCUGCAAUCUGCCGGCUCAUUAUAUCUGCAAAUGCCUGCCUGGCUUCAGCGGCCAAGGGGACGUGGAAUGCCUGGUGCGCGGACCUGAACGAAUGCGACAGCCGGGACGCGUGCGGCCCGGGCGCCGUGUGCCAGAACGAGGUCGGCGGCUACCGCUGCGGCUGCCCCGCCGGCUACACCGGCGAGCCGUACCGCGCCGGCUGCACGGACAUCGACGAGUGCCGGGGGAAUCCCUGCGGGCAGGGCGCCGCGUGCGUGAACACCCCCGGAUCCUUCCAGUGCCGAUGUCCCGACGGGUUCCAGGGCAACCCGCAGCUCGGAUGCGCCGACGUGGACGAAUGCGCGAACGAGACGACGCCGGCGUGCGGCCCGGGUGCGACGUGCGAGAACACGCCCGGCGGGUUCACCUGCACGUGCACCGGGGGAUGGACGGGGAGCGGCGAGGGAUGCGUGGACGUGGACGAGUGCGAGAGCGGGCUGGCGUGCGGCGUGAACGCGGAGUGCCGCAACACGCCGGGAUCCUACCGAUGCGUCUGCCCGCCCGGAUUCACGGGCCUCCCGGACGUCUUCUGCAACAAUGUGGACGAGUGCUCGGCGGACACGGACGACUGCCCCGCGAACUCCCACUGCAAGGACACCGUCGGCAGCUACGCCUGCGUCUGCGACUCCGGAUUCGCCCUCCAACUCGCCAGGAGCGAGUCCAAGGCUCUCUGCGUCGACAUCGACGAAUGUGCGGUCUUGGACGAGCCGUGCGGCAGGAACGCGGUGUGUCAAAACGCCGUCCCGGGCUACACGUGCACGUGCAAACAAGGCUACGACCCAGCGCCCCGACCCGACAUCGCCUGUGAACAGAUCUCUGUGAGAACGAUCUGCGUGAGUAACUUCGACUGCGUGAACAACGCGGAGUGCACGGACGGAACGUGUCGUUGCCGAGGCGGCUUCCUCACCCAAGGAGCCACCUGCAUCGAUUUUCGGGAGUGGCGAGAUCGAAUUCGCAAGGAUGAAAUGUUUGACCCGAUCGCAUUUUCGCGCGCAGAUGUGAACGAAUGCGAGGAGGCGAACGUGUGCGGGGCCCACGCGCUGUGCGUGAACCAGCCGGGCUCGUACGCGUGCAAGUGCGAGACGGGAUACCUCGGAGAUCCGCCCACUCAUCCGUGCAAAGGCAAGUCUUUUCUCUUUCGCUUCUUUUCGCUCACUAACGCUCACGUAGAUGAGUGCCUGAGUCUGCAGCAUCCCUGUGGGAUCAAUGCGAAAUGCUUCAAUCUCCCCGGCGGCUUCUACUGUGAAUGCCCCAGCCCCCUCGUCGGGGACCCUACCGUCACUUGCAUGUCGCCAUGCGACGGAGUGGACUGCGGACCCCACGCCCAAUGCAAGCCUCAGGGACUGGAAGCCCUCUGCAUCUGCGACGACGGCUGGUCCUACGACCCCGCCAGGAUCGACGCCGGUUGCAUGGACAUCAACGAGUGCAACCCCCGGAUCGGCCCCUCGGGGAUGUGCGGCGAGAACGCCAUCUGCACGAACACGCUCGGAAGCUACUCCUGCCAGUGUCCCCCCGGAUUCUCGGGGAAUCCCUACACCCGCUGCCUGGACGUGAACGAGUGCACCCAGCCGGGAGCGUGCGGGAAGGGGGCCGUGUGCCAGAACUCGCUCGGGUCGUUCGAGUGCGCGUGUCCGGCGGGCACGGUGCCGGAGCCGGACCCGCACACGGCGUGCGUGGAUCACAUCUCGUGCAAGGGCGACGGGGAUUGCCCCGGGAACGCCAUCUGCGAUGCGACGAGGCAAUGCCUCUGCCCGACGCCCAACAUCGGCCAGGACUGUCGACAUCCGUGCGAGGACAUCUACUGCGGACCGAACGCGGAGUGCAUGCUCAUCAACGGACGACCGAGGUGCAUGUGCUCCAACGGGUACAGCGGGAGCACGAACGAGGUGGCCGGCUGCGUCGACGUCAACGAGUGCCUGGCGAAUCCCUGCGCCCCGAACGCGCUCUGUCGGAACGGGCCCGGGACCUUCUCGUGCGAGUGUCCGAACGGGUACGAGGGCGAUCCGUACAAGAAGGAGUGCCGGAAGGUGAAGGCGCCCGGCUGCUCGGGCGAGAAACCCUGCCCCAUCGGAGAGGAAUGCGUCGCGGAGGAAUUCACCGGGAACAACGUCUGCGUCUAUAUCAACGAAUGUCUGGAAUUCCGAGACAAGCCAGCUUGCGGGUUCAACGCCCUGUGCAAAAACCUUCCUGGCAGCUACGUCUGCGAAUGUCCUCCUGGCUACGUCGGCAAUCCCUUCGCUUCCUGUCAAGAAUGCAACAGCAUCGAGUGCUCGUGCCUGCCCCCGUCCAAAUUCAUCGACGGCUCGUGCGUGCUGACCAACUGCUCGACCCGGAACCCUUGUCCCGGCGGGGCGGAGUGCGUGCAGCUCACGGGGGGACUCACCUACUGCGCCUGUCCCAAGGGCUACCAGACUCUCCCGGAUGGAACCUGCCAAGACAUCAACGAGUGCCGAUUCAGCAACGGCCAACGAGUGUGCGGCUUCGGCGCGGACUGCGUGAACCUGCCCGGCAGCUACGAGUGCCUCUGCCCCCCGGGGUCCCGCGGGGACCCGUACCAGGGCGUGUGCUCCCUCGCGGCGCGGAUCGAGUGCCAGCGGGACACGGACUGCGGGGCGAACGAGCGCUGCGUCCAGCCGGGGGAGUGCAUCUGCCCGCCGCCGUUCUUCGUCGAUACCACCGACGGCAACAAGUGCAAGAGUCCCUGUGAACGAUUCCGCUGCGGCCUGAACGCGAAAUGCACCCCUUCGGACCCCCCUCGCUGCAUGUGCCGACCCGGCUUCACGGGCGACCCGCUGCGAGGCUGCGCGGACAUGAACGAGUGCGCGACGGAGAGCCCCUGCGCGAAGGGGGCGGUGUGCAUCAACGAGGUCGGCGGGUUCAAGUGCCAGUGCCCGCCGGGGACGACCGGAGACGCCAUCACCCACGGAUGCACCGGAAUGGCGACGAGCGCGUGCCAGCAGGACUCGGACUGCGGGCCGAACCUGGCCUGCAAGAGCGGGGACUGCGUGAAUCCGUGCUCGCUGCUCCCGUGCGGGGACAACGCCUACUGCACCGUGGAGGAUUCGGCGGCGUGGUGCAGGUGCCUGCCGGGAUUCAAGGAGGGGAGGAACGGGGCCUGCGCUUCCAUCUGCCACGACGUCCUGUGCGGCGACAACGCGGAGUGCAUCGUGACGCCGGACGGCCCGACCUGCGCGUGCCUCGAGGGCUACUCGGGCAACCCGUUCCCCGGCGGGGCGUGCGGCGCGGACGUGUGCGACGCCGGGAACCGCUGCCGCCCGCCCCUCAUGUGCAUCCAGGGACGGUGCAAGGAGCGGUGCUCCGGCGUCGUCUGCGGCGUCGGCGCCAAGUGCGACAAGAACACCAACAAGUGCAUCUGCCUGCCGUUCUUCAUCGGCAAUCCGGAUCUUCUCUGCGUCCCGCCCGUGCUCCCGCCCAUCUGCUCCCCGCCGUGCGGAGACAACGCCCACUGCGAAUACGGAUUCCCGAACAAGUGCGUGUGCAACGCCGGCACGUCCGGGAACCCGUACUCCAGCUGCGGGGCCCAGGAGCGGACGUGCGCGACCACCCAGUGCGGCAAGAACGCUCAGUGCAAGACCGACGUGAACGAGUGCAUGGGGAACGCCUGCGGCAUGAACGCCAUCUGCAUCAACACCAUCGGGAGCUACGACUGCCGGUGCCAGGCCGGAUUCACCGGGAAUCCGUUCAUGAUGUGCAUGCCGGUCGAGGACAUUCCCCGGGGGACUUGCGGCCCUGGCAAUCCGUGCCCUCAAGGAUUUGUGUGCGAGAAGAACUUGUGCGUGGAUCGCUGCUCCAAUAUCAUCUGCGGUCAGAAUGCGAUCUGCUCCGAUGGGAAAUGCGUUUGCCUGCCUGGAUUCUCUGGGAGCCCGGCCGAUCGAAAUUCUGGAUGUAGAGCUCACGAGUGCGACAACGACUUGGACUGCCCGAGUUCGCAGAUCUGCUUCUCGCAGCCGGUGGGAGCAAGGAAGUGCACGGACGCGUGUCGGAAGGUGCAGUGCGGUCCGAACGCGGUGUGCGUGGCCGAGAACCACCGGUCGGCGUGCAUCUGCCUCAACGGAUUCGCGGGCAACCCCAGCGACCUGAAGAUCGGUUGCACGCCGCUGCAGCGAAGCGAAUGCAGCGACGACGACGACUGCCCGGGGAACACGGUCUGCCAGGUGAACGCGCAGGGAUUCCCGGCGUGCGUGGAUCCGUGCCAGAAUCUCUUCUGCGGACAGAACGAGGUCUGUCUCCUGAGGGAGGCAGUGCCCGUGUGCGAGUGCAUCCCGACCUAUGCGCGCAACCCCGUCUCUGGAAAAUGCGAGAAACCAAGCAUCCCGGAAUGCUCCCGCGACGCCGACUGCCCCCUGCACGGCUCCUGCCGCCCCGACGGCCUCGGCGUGCUCAAAUGCAUCGACGUGUGCAGCUACGUGACCUGCCCCCAGUUCUCGCGCUGCGUCGCCCAGAACCACCGCGGCGUGUGCGGGUGCCUCCCAGGGUACGCGGGGAACCCCAACAGUCGCGAGGGGUGCGUCCCGCAGCCGCAGGACCAGUGCCAGUCGGACACACAGUGCCCGGAGACUCAGGUCUGCAGGGAGGAGAAUGCCAUCAGGAGAUGUCUACCGGUUUGUCAAUUCGUGCAAUGCGGUCCCGGAUCGGUCUGCGUGGCUAACAACCACGAAGGCCAAUGCCAAUGUCCACCGGGCAAAUACGCCGGCGACCCCAACGACCUCCGCUCCGGCUGCCAAGCCGUGAGCUGCAUCAUGAACUCGGACUGCCCGAAGGACCAGGCCUGCAACCGCCUGGAUUACGCUUGCUACGACGUGUGCCGGGACGCCUGCGGCUCCAACGCCAUCUGCGUGGCCGCGAACCACGCGCCGCAGUGCUCGUGCCGGCCCGGAUUCCGCCCGAACGUGUCGCCGGAGAUCGGAUGCUUGCCGUUGAACCCGUGCGACUCGGCUCCGUGCCAUUCGAGCGCGCAGUGCGUCGCCGCUCCGAACGGCUUCGCGUGCCAGUGUCCACAGGGUGCCAUCGGGGAUCCGUACGUCGGGGGAUGUCGACGAGGCGGAGACUACUGCACGACGAACGCGGACUGUCCACCGGAUUCCGCCUGCACGAAAGGCGUCUGCCGCAAUCCGUGCGAGGGCGAGCCGUGCGGACGCAACGCCGUCUGCUCCGUGAAGGACCGGAGCGCCCUCUGCACGUGCCGCUCUGGAUUCGGAGUGGUCGUGACCGGAGCGGGGCUCCAGCAUUGCAGGCGCAUCGUGUCGGGGUGCCAGGCCGACGGGGACUGCGGUGGGGACGUCUGCAUCCAAGGGAUGUGUCGAAUCGUUUGUGGCUCUGAUGGCGACUGCGCGCAAGGAGAGCGAUGCCUCAACAAGCUCUGCAUGUCGCCGUGCCUGGGUCACGCGCAGUGCCCCGAAAAGCAGGCGUGCUUGAGAGGCUUCUGCGCCGCGGGCUGCCGCAACAACGCGGACUGCGGCCGCGAACAGGCGUGCAUCAACAGCAAGUGCACCGACCCGUGCGGCCGCCCCGGCGCGUGCGGCCCCAACGCCCUCUGCCGCGUCAUCACCCACUCGGCCCAGUGCUACUGCCCGGACGGCUUCGAAGGGAGCCCGUACCCGCAGCAGGGCUGCGUCCGGACCCCGACCGACUGCUCCACCCCGGCUCAGUGCCCCCCUCGCUUCAUCUGCCAGGCCAACAAGUGCCGUCCUCCCUGCGCCUCCGCGUCCGAAUGCGCCGCGGGCGAACGCUGCGAGAACGGCAUGUGCCUCAAGGUCUGCUACACCGACAACAACUGCCUUCAAGGCGAGGUCUGCGUCGAGGGAAUGUGCCAGCCGGGCUGCCGGAGCGCCAGCGACUGCCGACAGAACGAGGUUUGCAUGAGCAACCAGUGCCGAUGCGGAACCGGCUUCGUCUACGGCCUCGUGGGCUGCGAAGACAUCGACGAAUGCACCAACAGUCCUUGUCACCCUUCUGCCAUCUGCGUCAACCUGCCUGGGACCUUCAAGUGCACCUGCCCUCAGGGCACCGUCGGGGAUCCCAACCAGGAAGGAUGCCACCCGCCCCACGAAUGCAAGUCUGACGACGACUGCCCCGAGUCCCUCUCCUGCCAGCUGAACGGCCAGGAGAUCCUGAAGUGCAUGAACCCCUGCACGCUGACGGCGUGCGGCCCCAACGCCGACUGCAUCGUCCAGAAGCACCUGGCCUUCUGCCAGUGUCGGCCGGGGCACAUGGGUAGCCCGGCCGACGUGAGCGUCGGCUGCUUCCGCGUCGAGUGCAUCUACAACGAGGACUGUCCGGCCGACAAGCUCUGCGACCGGCUCAGCAACCGCUGCAUCGACGUGUGCGCCCAAGUGGACUGCGGACGAGGGACGUGCCGAGCCGAGAACCACGGGCCGGUCUGCGUGUGCCAGGCCGGGUACUUCGUCCUCGGCGACGCGUGCGUCGACAUCGACGAGUGCAAAGAGAAUCCUUGCCAUCCGUCUGGGAUCUGCCAGAAUCUCCCCGGAAGCCACAAGUGCGUCUGCCCCGAGGGACUUGUGGGCGACCCCUACCUCGGGGGUUGCCUGCGACCGGGCGAGUGCCGCACCGAGGCCCAAUGCCCCCCGAACGCCAUCUGCGUCAACAACCGGUGCCAGAAUCCUUGCGAACAGCCGAAUGCGUGCGGCAGGGGUGCGCAGUGCACUGCCAUCAACAGACAAGCGGUGUGCCGAUGCCCGGUGCAGACGACGGGGAACCCCAGCAUCCAAUGCACGACGCUGGAAUGCAUCCAGAGCGACGACUGCGGGAACAACCAGGCGUGCGUGGAGAACCAGUGCGUGGACCCGUGCGGGAUCCCGGGCGUGUGCGGGCGCGACACGGAGUGCCGCGCUGGGAACCACCAGGCCGGGUGCACCUGCUCGCCCGGAUUCACGGGUGACCCGCUGCUCGGGUGCUCGCCGAUCAUCCAGUGCCUGGGCGACGGGCAGUGUCCGACCGGGGAAGUGUGCAGCAAUGGAGUUUGCACCUCGACGUGCACGAGUGCCAGAGACUGUCUUUCGGAUCAACUGUGCAUCGACGGCCGCUGUACGCCCCGCUGCCAGAACGACGCGGACUGCUCCACGUUCCAGACGUGCCAGAACGGGAUCUGCGUCGUGGUGAGUCGGUGCCGCUCGGACAACGACUGCGCGGGGCGUGAGGCGUGCCGGCAGAACGCGGUCGGGCAGGCGGAGUGCCAGGACGUGUGCGACGGCCUGGUGCUCUGCGGGCGUAACGCGGAGUGCGUGCCGAAGAACCACGCGCCGUCGUGCCAGUGCCGGGCCGGAUUCUUCGGGAAUCCGCAGGACGACAAGAUCGGAUGCGAGAGGAAGCAGUGCGACAAGAACGACGACUGUCGGCAGAGCAGCGACGUCUGCCACGAGUUCAAAUGCAAAGCCGCAUGCCGAGUGCAGAACCCCUGCGGAGAAGGAGCCCAGUGCGUGUCGGAGAACCACGACGCGGCGUGCCGCUGCCCCGAGGGCUUCACGGGGGACGCGCGCGUCCGGUGCAGGCAGAUCGACUACUGCGCGGCCGAGCCGUGCGGCCUGGGCGCGGAGUGCCAGAACGCGAGGCGUGGCACGUACAUCUGCAGAUGCCCCGAGGGGACCGUCGGAGACCCGUACGCCGAAGGAUGCGAGGAGCCGGUCGCCUGCCGCAAGGACGGCGACUGCCCCCUCACGGCCAGGUGCAUCAUGGUCAGGAAUCGACCCAAGUGCCAGGAUGUAUGCGAGGGCGUGCGAUGCGGACCGAAUUCCCUGUGCAAGCCGGUGAACCACGCCGCGACGUGCACCUGUAUCGACGGGUACACGGGCAGCGGUGACGACCUCAACAUCGGAUGCACUCCGAUUCAAGUGCGAUGCAAUUCGAACCAAGACUGUUCAUCUGGGACCAUCUGCGACGGCGGAUACUGCCGACCUCCUUGCGGAUCGGACGACGAGUGCAGCGCCUCGGAGGCGUGCGUGCGGGGUCAGUGCACGAACCUGUGCGACACGGACUCGGCGUGCGGCCUCAACGCCCUCUGCGAGAUGCGAGGUCACGGGAAGCACUGCACGUGCCCCGUGGGAUUCGAGGGCGAGCCGGCCGUGGAAUGCAUCAGGACGCCGACGCCGUGUCAGUCGCAGGAGCAGUGUCCGUUCGGGUCGACGUGUCAGUACGGCGUGUGCAUGCCUGGGUGCCAGGGCGACAACGAGUGUGCGCUCAACGAGAAGUGCGUCAAUGGCAACUGCAUACUGACGUGUCGAGUGGACAACGACUGUUUCCUCGGGCACAUCUGUCUCAACAACAUGUGUCUGAUCGGCUGCCGAGCGAACGAGGACUGCGGGUCGUCGGAGGCGUGCCUCAACAACCGGUGCGUGAACCCCUGCGACGCGGGGGCGGCGUGCGGACCCAACGCCCUCUGCUCCGUCGUCGGUCACCGGGCUCAGUGUUCCUGUCCCGAGCGGUUCAUCCCGAAUCCCACGCCGAACGUGGCGUGCGUGAGGGAGCCGACGCCGUGCGUGACGAAUAACGACUGUCCGGCUGGGGUCGUCUGCACCGGAUCCGUCUGCAGGCCGAUCUGUUCGAGCGUGCAGAACUGUCUGGCGAACGAGAAAUGCGACGAGGGCGUGUGCAAGCCGAUCUGCCGUCGGGACGGCGACUGCCGCAACGGGGAGAUCUGUCAGGGUCUCCUGUGCGUGGUCGGCUGCCGUGCCGACAACGAGUGCCCGUCGCAUCAGGCCUGCAUCAACAACAAGUGCAUCGAUCCGUGCGACUCGUCGACGGCGUGCGGUACGAACGCGGCGUGCAGCGUGCGAGACCACCAAGUGUCGUGCGUGUGCCCGCCACCGUUGCAAGGGGAUCCCAUGCUCUCGUGUCGCCAACCGCCGAGGGGAUGCAAGGCCGACGGGGAUUGUCCCGACGAUCAGACCUGCGUCCAGGGACUCUGUCGACCGAAGUGCUCGAGCGACCAGAGCUGUUUGGACAACGAACGAUGCGUCGGGGGCGUGUGCAAGUCCAUCUGCAACUCCGACGACCAGUGCGAGGAAGGGGAGAUCUGCGACGGGAGGCUGUGCAGGACGGGAUGCCGCAGCGAUGCUCAGUGCGAGCUCCAGAAGGCUUGCAUCGAUCGGGUCUGCAGGAAUCCGUGCGAGAGCGCAGCAGCGUGCGGCGAAUGCGCCCUGUGCCAGGUGGCGAACCACUCGCCGCAGUGCACGUGCCCGGCGGAGAUGGUCGGGAACCCAUCGGUGCUGUGUCAACGGCCGCCGAAGGCGUGCACGGGCGACCGCGGCUGCGGCCGGGGCGGCGUGUGCCGCGAUGGCUUCUGCACCAACGCCUGCCGCGGCGACGACGGCUGCUCGUGCGGGGAGACGUGCGUCCAGAACGUGUGCCACAAGAAGUGCAGCAACACCAACGACUGUUCGAGGAGCCACCUGUGCCGCGACGGGAUCUGCGUCUCGGGCUGCCGCUCGGACAACGACUGCCCGAACGACCAAGCCUGCGCGAAGAGCAAGUGCACGAACCCGUGCGCCGAGCGAAAGCCGUGCGGGAAGGGAGCCCAGUGCCUCGCCUCCGACCACCAGGCGGUCUGCCUCUGCCCCAACGGCUUCGUGGGGGAUCCGUUCGCGCUGUGCGAGAAGGUGGAAUGCUUGGAGGAUCGCAACUGCGAGGAUAGCAAGUACUGCAGGGAGGGGUCGUGCGUGAACCCGUGCCUCCAGGAGGGGGCGUGCGGGCUCAACGCGCAGUGCAGGGUGGACGAUCGGAGGGCCGUCUGUCAGUGCCCGCCGGGAUUCGCCGGCAAUCCGAGGGUCGAAUGUCAACGAGACGUGAACGAGUGCCUGGGCAACCCCUGCGGCACGAACGCCAUCUGCACCGACACCCCCAACAGCUUCACCUGCGAGUGCGAGCCCGGCUGCCAAGGCGACCCGUACUCCGGCUGCAUCUGCCAAGGACCGCAGAUCGACCCUUGCAGGACGGUGUAUUGCGGGGUGAACGCGCGAUGCCAGGUGGUGGACGGAGGGCCGAAAUGCUACUGUCCGCCCAGUCACCCGCUGGGAGAUCCUAACCGGGAAUGCAAAGUGGAGCGAAUCGAUCUGGACUGCAGACAGAGCGGAUGCGGCGUCGGAGCCCAAUGCGUCCGGUCGGGAGAGAACUACAUGUGCCGGUGCCCCGGAGGCACGACCGGAGACCCGCUCGAAAAGUGCGACUCGCCGGGUGAGUUACCGUUCCCUCGUCCACGACGGUUGCCCGCCGGCGACCGACUUCGAUCGGGGCCCGAGCGGUCGAGAAAACGCGACGCGGCCGCUCGGGUCCCGGACGCGUCAGGACGAAAGAGACGAUCACAUAGCUGA